AUGGCGACUCUCUACGUUCGAAAUCUGAACGAAAAAGUCUCGGUCAACACUUUAAAGAAAAAACUAGAUGAACUGUUUUCGCCAUAUGGAAAUGUUCUCGCAAUCACAGCUCACAAGAAUCUGAAAAUGAAGGGACAAGCCUUCGUAGCUUAUGCAAAACAGGAGAACGCAAUCGAUGCGGUGCAAUCACUCCAAGGAACAAUGCUCUUCGAUAAACAAUUGGAGAUUCAGGAUGCUACAUCCCAAAGCGAUGCAGUGUUGAAGGAAACGUUGGGCAAGACAGAGUUUGAAGAUUACUUGAAAAAGAGGAAAGUAGAGAAGGAACAAAAGAAUAGGAAACGAGCCUCUUCCGACGAAGAACCAAAACAAAAGACUAAACGUAUAAAGAUAGUGAUCAACAAUGAGCCUAACAAGUUACUCCUACUGCAAAAAGUGGAUCCAGAGUUGACAUCUGCAGACAUCAAAUCAAUAUUCGACAAAUUCCAGGGCCUUAAAGAGAUCAACCUAGUGAAACCAAGAAAUCUUGCACUAAUAGAAUUUACUGAAGAGUCAGCAGCCGUUAUCUGCAAAGAAGCACUGGGCCAAACAAUCCAAAUCAAAAACCAUGAAUGCUAUCUGACAUACGCAAAGAAGUAG